UAAUUCGCGGGAAAGUAGAAGGGGAGGAAGAUGGCGCUCUGCAGAACCGACCCAAGCCCGGGAGGCGCCUGAUACCGAACCCACCGAGCCCAGAAACCCCUUUGGAGGUGAUGGAGAAGGUUGGCUUGGAAUCAGCUGGGCAAGAUGUCUACUCCAACUGUGGCCACCUACAGCAGCCGGGCAGGGACGCCUUCAGGCAGGGGUGCUCUGAGCUUAUGGUCUCCCAGGCUGAAGGGCAGUACGUGCUGUGUCGCUGGACAGACGGACUCUACUACCUGGGCAAAAUAAAGAGGGUAAGCAGUUCCAAGCAGAGCUGUCUCGUCACAUUUGAGGACAACUCAAAAUACUGGGUUCUUUUUAAAGAUAUUCAGCAUGCGGGGGUCCCUGGGGAACAGCCGAAGUGUAACGUCUGUACAGGCAAAUCGUCCCUACCUCUGAAUGAAAUUCUCAUCUGCGGGAAGUGUGGCUUGGGUUAUCACCAGAAGUGUCACAUCCCCGUCGUGGACAGCGGCGAGAACGGCCCCUUGGAGCCGUGGUUCUGCAGAAGGUGUAUCUUUGUUCUGGCUGUCAGGAAAGGAGGAGCGCUGAAGAAAGGUCCGAUUGCGAAAGCACUGCAGGCAGUCAAAAUGUACCUGACCUACAGCCCAACAGAACUGGACUGGGACUCGCCGCACAGAACCAACCAGCAGCAGUGUUAUUGUUACUGCGGGGGCCCCGGAGAAUGGUACCUUAAGAUGAUACAGUGCUACAGAUGCCGACAGUGGUUCCAUGAAGCCUGUAUGCAGUGCCUUAAUGAGCCCAUGAUGUUUGGAGACAGGUUUUAUGCAUUUCUGUGCUCCGUCUGCAAUCAAGGCUCCGAAUUCCUCAAGCGUCUGCCUUUGAGAUGGGUGGAUAUCGUCCAUCUAGCCUUAUACAACCUGGGCGUGCUCAGCAAAAAGAAAUACUUCGACUUUGAAGAGAUCCUGACAUUUGUGAAUGACAACUGGGAUCACUUGCAGCUUGGAAAGAUUGCCGCCACGCUGGUAGAAGAAAGAGCACAUCACCUUCUGGACGCCUUAAAUAGUUAUAAAAGCAGGUUUCUUUGCGGCAAAGAAAUAAAAAGGAAGAAAUGCAUAUUUCGCCUAAGAAUCCGCGUUCCUCCGAGCCCCCCCGGCAAACUCUUACCAGAAAAGGCGGUUGGGACAGCGGAGAGCCGGUCGGCUGAUCUUAAGAAGAAAGGGAGGAGCAAAUAUUCCCAUAAAAACAGCCUACCUCAUGAAUGUCAGAGGCAGCGGCAGCAAGGAAUUCGGAGGAAACAGUCGAAGUUCCUUCUGGAGGAUGCAAUUCCCAGUAGUGACUUUACGUCGGCCUGGAGCACAAACCAUCACCUGGCCAGCAUAUUUGACUUCACCCUAGAUGAAAUUCAGAGUCUGAAAAGCGCGAGCUCAGGGCAGAACUUCACCUCGGAUCUGGAUUCUAACGACGCAGCAAGCACUUCCGGGUCUGCCAGCACCAGCCUGUCUUGCGAGUCACGAGGGAACGUAGGAAGCCGGAAGAGGAAAUUCGCCUCCAAAAAGUACACGUCCUUCGAAGCCAAGAGAAGGGCCGUGGACCGCACAGGCAGGCUGAACGGCUGCGCAACGGAAGCCGCCGAAUACGUCGGGGCCUCCGACUACCAAGACCACAGCAUCGAGAGUCGCACCUUCGACAGCCUUAGCGAAAACGAUACCUCGCUCUCCCACCUGAAAUCUUCCAUCACCAGCUACUUCGGAGCAGCGGGGAGAAUGGCCUGCGGAGAGAAGUACCAGGUCCUGGCGCGCCGAGUCACCCUGGAAGGCAAGGUCCAAUAUCUGGUGGAGUGGGAAGGCACCACCCCCUACUGACCCAUCCGCCUAUACGCUAUACGCUUGUGUACGUGACCAAAGGAAAAGCGAGUGGAGGCAGGUGUAUUACUUUGAGCGGGACUCUAGAAUAUUCCGUAGUGUAGUGAUAUAGGUAGGUAGGACGGAAAGCCUUGGGGGUAUUAUAAAGACUUGUAUUAGCCGUUAUACGACUACGGCGUUGCGGUAAAAAAAAAAAAGCACUUCUGCAGGGUACAGUGUUCCCUUUAGUGUCCAACUGACGCCGUUAUCUUCAAUUGUGAUUGGCCGGCUCUGUGUAUUGCGUGAAGCAGACUCUGUUCUUGUCAUUUGAGACACUAUGGGGCUCAUUUACUAACCAUCGACUCUAAACUCUAUUUGGAUUUUUUUCCCGAAAAUUCGCAGAGAAAAAGCGGAUUUACUCGGCCAAAAUGGCUAAAAAUCCGAAUUCGCUUCAUGUAGAAGUCAGUGGCAAAGGUCCGUUUUUUCUUUUGUCUCGAAACUUGGGUUUUGUCCGAAAAUCCAGACUUUUCUGAUUUGCCGCAGCAACAAUUCGAUAAAAUCGGGAUUUUCGCGGCGGCAGUUCGUGAAAGUCGAGUUUUAUACGAUUUUUCUAGUAAAUAUCAGACGUUCGGAAAACUAGUUUUAGUCGAAUUUGAACAUUUUUUUAAAAAUGGAGUUUUAUUAACUCCGCCCCUAUAUAAGGGGUUAUAGUUAGGAUCCUCCCUGUUUAAAAAGCCAAUAGCCUUCUGGGCUCUAAAUUACAAAGCCAAAGAUCACACUAUUAUAUAGAGAUAUAUAUUAUAGUAUUAUUUUAAUCCCCUUAUGUUGCAGUAUGUUGUUGGAUGUUGUUUUCCCCCAAAGUGGGAAUACCUUUUGGUCAACCAAUAGGAAACUAUAGUUAAUAUUAGCAAAUUAGAUCUCUUUUUGCGUAGAAAUAUACUGGAAUACUUGCCUUGCCUUAUUAAAGGGGUUGUUCACCUUUUAGUAUGAGGUAGACAGUGAUAUUCGGAGACACUUUGCAAUUGGUCUUUAUU